CAUAUAACUUGUGUGACUUGUUUUACUCUUCUAAAACGUUUCUUCACUUCGUCGAUUCAGUUCUUCGCAACCUUCGACAACUUACGUUAUGCUUACUGUUUUCUGACAUUAGUAGAAGGGCUGUCGUGCCUCAAUCCACCAUAAAUGGCUAAUGGAGAGUUCCUUUCUGUUGUUGUGAGAAACCCAAGAACCCAUCUCCGUGGGCGUUGGCCUCAAUUCACAGACUACGAGAUCCUUAUUUGGACGAACAGCACAUGUUUUGUCAGCAGCAAAUCAUGUGUACGAAGGAGGUUUUCUGAGUUUGAAUGGCUGCGCAACAUCCUUGAACAGAAUGGAUCUAUUUCACUGCAACCCCCACCACUCCCGCACAAGAGACUCCUUGGUCGCUUCAACCAAAGUUUUAUCAAGGAGAGACAGCAGGAACUCCAGGACUUUCUUGUCAGGGUGCUUGCAGUGACUUCCUACCUUUCAGAGGCAGCCCUUCAUCUGUUCCUUCAAACCAACCUGUCAAUCAACACCAUCGAGCGUAUCCUGGAUGGCAGAGACACCCGUGAGGUAGCUGAUGUGAUUGCCGAUGAAUGUCACAAGGGUGUGGCUGACCAGGAUGAUCUUGGUCUCCAUAAGAUACAGUUUGCUGGUCGGUUUUGUAGCCGUUCUUGCAAAGAAACUGAGAGGAAAAGUGACAGUGGUUUCUCUAGUGCUUCAUGUGACUACCGAUCACACUCUGCUAGCUGCUCCUCAAUCCACAGCAACACAUCACCAUUGAAAAGCCGUUUCGACUGGCCAACAACCACCUCUGCUUCCAAACUACCAACCGGCCAACUCAUCGCCGCUGAUGAACACCCAUCACCCGCAGUACAACCUGCACUUUCCAGCGACUGCAGCAGUCAUUGCGGUGAAGAGAAAUGCAAGCGCUGUUUUAAUUAUGAUGCUGAUGAUGAGAUUGAUGUCGAUACUACGGGCUACAAUAUAAUGAACAACAGUACAAACAAGGUAAUGAAGUGGUUGAGUGCUAUGACAGAGUCUGGAGAUUACAAUGAAGAAGAAAUCUCCGCCCAACCGGAACCAACCACUCCAUUCUGCUAUAUUCCCGAAUAUGAUGUCAUCAGUGUACCCUGCUUAAAGAGGUCACUCCCCUUGGCCAUCACAGCCUCCACAAGCACUGGAUAUGAUAGUAAUGACAUGGAUGACUCGUUGUGCUCUGAGUACAGUGUGGUUCACUCUACUCUGGGAGGUCUCCAGCUUAUCAAUAGCAGUGAUGAUGAUGAUUCUUUAUCAUCUAGUCUAAGCUCUGUUGGCGUUUAUAGAACCUAUGAUGUCAUAGAGAUGAUUGAAGUUCGGUAGUUCUGGAUGCGUGUUACGUGCUAAAGCUAAAUCACUAUCAUCCGUACAUAGCCCUAAUAGUGUGUUCAGAACUUACGACGUCAUAGAGAUUAUUAUAGUACAACAACGACACCCAAUCCUUCCGCUCCUAACAUCUGUAUACUGAUAAAAUAAUAUAAUUAUAUUUCUCAUUGUUAUUAUAUCUAGUUUUACAGUUAUUAAAGCUAUUAUUACUGA